AAAGCGAAACACUGGCUACGUGUAACUGUCACCAGGUAGAGACGUAAAGCGCGGCUGUCGCAAUGCUGUAUCGUGACUCGUGAGACGAGCGCUGCCUGUGUCGGCGACUUAUGAUGUGCUCUAUACAGAAGCGUCACCAAGACCCGGCCAUUAGACGGGACGCAGCAGCAUGUCCUUCUACUCCGGCCCUGUGGUAGUUCUUACCUCGUAACUAUGAGUGCUGACGGCGAGCCGCCCGGGGGCUUCAGCAAGAGGCUGCUGGUGACCGGCGGGGCGGGCUUCAUUGCCUCCCAUAUGAUCAUUUCACUGGUUGAAAACCAUUCCGAUUACCUAGUUAUCAAUCUUGAUAAGCUUGAUUAUUGCGCCAGCUUGAAAAAUCUUGAUGCUGUUUCAAGUAAACCAAAUUAUAAGUUCUUACAGGGGGAUAUCUGUGACUCGCACUUUAUAAAGCAGCUCUUUGGAACAGAAAACAUAGACGUGGUUCUCCAUUUUGCUGCGCAGACCCAUGUAGAUCUAUCAUUUUUGGAAUCCUUUAAGUUUGCGUAUGUGAACAUCUAUGGAACGCACGUUCUUCUUAAUGCUGCCUAUGAAGCUGGAGUGGAAAGGUUUGUCUACAUAAGUACAGAUGAAGUUUAUGGUGGAAGUCUCGAUCAGGAAUUUGAUGAAACAUCACCAAAACGGCCAACAAAUCCAUAUGCGGCGUCCAAAGCAGCUGCAGAAGGCUUUGUGCUGUCUUUCUGGGAAAGAUACAAGUUUCCAGUUAUUAUCACCAGAAGCAGCAAUGUGUAUGGACCACAUCAGUACCCAGAAAAGGUUAUACCAAAGUUUAUCUCCUUACUGCAGCACAACAGGAAAUGCUGUAUCCAUGGUUCUGGAAGACAAACCAGGAGUUUUCUGUACGCCUCUGACCUAGUGGACGCCAUACUGACCAUUCUAAAGAUGGGGAAGGUUGGAGAAAUCUACAAUAUUGGUACCAGUUUUGAAAUAUCUGUCACCCAGCUUGCUAAAGAACUUAUCCGAAUGAUCCAGAAUACCUCAUCCGAAACAGAAACGGAGAAUUGGAUGGAUUAUGUUAAUGACAGGCCUGUCAAUGAUCUUCGUUAUUUGAUGAAGUCUGAAAAAAUGCACAGCUUGGGAUGGAGACCAAAAGUACAGUGGAAGGAAGGCAUUGAAAGAACAAUGCAAUGGUAUAAAAACAAUUUUCACAACUGGAAGAAUGCAGAGAAAGCGUUACAACCGUUUGUUAGUCAAGCAUAGCUCGCACAGAGCGUCGGAUUGGAGGACAUGAAGUGGACGAUGGCAUGUUCCUGGCAUGAUUCUAACAUGUCACAGUGUACAUGAACUGUAGAUCUGCAGCACUGUUUGACUGCCAGGAAAUUAAGUUUAUAGCCAAAGGGUUUAAAAUGGUGUGUGUCUGACACCUGGCACCCUCGCUGAUCAGUUGUUUGAAGGGGCCACAGCGCUUAGAGGAGCGCCUCCUUACAGCUAACCAAGCACAGUACACUGUAUAGCGGGCUGCGCCUAGGUCAUGUGACCAGUGAACAUGACGUCACUGGCCUAAAAAGAGGUCUCUUCAAACAGCUGAUUGUCGGGGGAGUUGUGGAGUCGGACCCCCACUGAUCAGAUAUUGAUGAUCCAUCCUGAGGAUAGGUUAUCACUAUUUGAAUCCUGGAAAACCCCUAAGUGUUGGAAGAGCUACUAUUGUAGAGGCUGCUAUGGAGCCCACAAUCUAGCAUGAAACUAACCUACGGAGCCACGCCAACUAAUAAGCUGCUUUUCAAAAGUGGUAAAGGUGGUGGUAAAUGGCAAAAAGUUAAAAAGUUUGGUGAAAAGCAGCAAUGGCGCCAAAAUGUAUGGCUCUUCUGUGCCAAAAAAUUUGCAUACAAACGUGAUAUAUUUCCCCCAAUGUUUUUUACAGGCUGAAAAUACAACACUGAUUUAGGGAGCAAUCGGAAUCAGAAAUCCAUGUGUUAGUUUCACAUAUUCGUCAAAAUCCGGCAGGAAUCAGGCCGUUCUGGCAGAGAACAGCCGGCAGGAGUCCUCUGGAUCCAGAUAGUGCCGCUUGCCUGCUUGACCCUAUUGACUAUAAUGGGAUGCGGUGGGGAUCCGGCUGCUCCCUGGCAUACAUGCCGGGAUUUGGCCAGACAAAAACCAUUACGUGCAGUAAUUUCUGUCCAGCCGAACCCCGGCUCAUAUGCUAGCAAGCAGCCGGAUGCCCUCCACAUCUAGUCAAUGGGUUCCUGCGGGCACGGGCCACUAUCCGGCUAUGCCAGAUCUAUAGAAUUCCAGCAGGCUGUUCUCUGACGGAUUUCUUUGACGCAUUCGUGAAAGUGGCCUUUAUUGCGUUUUGUUGUACAAUGAACUACAAUGCGUGUUUCCUAUUGAAAUUGAUGGGACGUGGUUUGUUAGUGUAUUUUAUGCAUUAAAGUCAAUGGGACCGGAGCGGACUUCCGGCGGCACGGUGCACUAGCGGCACUACAGCCGGCCGUAGAAGGCUGCCGCUAAUGUGAAAGUAGCCUUAGGCGCACCUCCGGCAGUCCUUGCGCAAAAACGAUUCCAGCGCCUGACUGGAGUAGUUUUUCACGAACACUCAGGUGUAAGUGUUCGUAAACUCGCCAGGGCCAAUGUUCGAAGUGUGGAACGCAGUGUAAAAACGCAAAUGUUAAAAAAGUUGCAGAAAGAGUCUUGUGACUAUUUUUAUGCCAAAAAGUAGAUGGCCCCCAUUAUUAUUAGUAAGUGACUGGUUUUAUGGGAACAUAAUCAUUCUUCUAUCAUUUUACAUUACGGUAAGUGCUUGUCACCUACAUUAGCAGGUCAUCAUUGAGGGCAGCAAGUUCUUGACGGGUUCCCGCCAAAGUCUAGAAGGAUAUGAAGAGGAAGAUUUACUAUGAUAGACAAUUGCACUUUACCUUUCAGUUGGCAUUGGCAGUUCCUGGAGGAGCGAGGCUUCUGCUGCAGGUCCGAUAUGGAAAUGUCUAUUUAAAUGUAAUUAACUGUAUUACAUGGUAAACGGAAGUCUGAAAUGUGAGAUUUUUUAAUUUUCUACUGUAAAAUGUUGUCUAUUAAGUGCCUAAUAAAGAAAACAUUUGUAAUUUAGUAAUAAACAUGGUAAGUUUUA